UACCAGAAAGUCCCGGAAGAGGCUGUACUCGUGCAGUAUGCAUGGGCGCGAGCCGCAGGUGAGCCGUGAGCGAGCGCGUGCCCUGUACCUGUAAACAAAGAGAAAACAAACCGACAUGGACACGAUAACCGGGAUACGGAGUCACGGAUACACGGAGCCUUCAGCACGACUUCAAACCCGGCUGGAGAUCAGUGUUUGAUCCAACAUCCUGAUACACACAGCGUUGCCAGACACACUGCGCAGAGCUUACACAUGUAAUAAGUUAACCAGCAAACCCAGUGACGACAGGACCGGGUCAACCAUCAUCCUCAACUAUGGCGAGCCAGGACCCCGUCAACCCUUCUCAUGCUACGUUUGACCUCUUUAUUCAAGCCCAGACUUGUAAGGAUGUGAAGCUCCACUUUGCUGCGCUCUGCAGGCAACUGGACAUCAAUCCUAAAGAUUUCAGGAGCUUCUACUCCAAGUUAAAGGACAGACUGAACUACUGGAAGGCCAAAGCGCUGUGGACAAAACUGGACAAGAGGGCAUCUCACGUGGAUUACAAGCAAGGGAAAGUCUGCACCAAAAACAAGUGUCUCGUGUUGGGUGCUGGGCCAUGCGGGCUGAGAACUGCCAUCGAGCUGUCCCUGCUGGGGGCUCAGGUUGUGGUGUUGGAGAAGAGAGAGUCUUUCUCCAGGAACAAUGUGCUCCACCUGUGGCCCUACACCAUUUAUGACCUCCGCGGGCUCGGGGCCAAGAAGUUCUACGGCAAAUUCUGCACUGGGUCUCUGGAUCACAUCAGCAUCCGUCAGCUGCAGUUGAUUCUGCUCAAAGUGUCACUUCUCCUCGGGGUGGAGGUUCACACCGGAGUGGAGUUUCAAGGCUUAAUUGAGCCCUCAGGAGAAAACGGUUGGAUGGCCAAGCUGCAGCCUGCGUCUCAUCCUGCUGCAUCCUUCCAGUUUGAUGUCUUCAUCUCUGCUGGAGGAGGCAGGUUUGUCCCUGAUGGUUUUAAACACAAGGAGCUGAGAGGCAAGCUGGCCAUCGGCAUCACGGCCAACUUCAUCAACAGAAACACGGCUGCAGAGGCACAAGUAGCAGAGAUCAGCGGUGUGGCCCGCAUCUACAACCAGAAGUUCUUCCAAGAGCUGCUCACUGAGACGGGUAUUGAUCUGGAGAAUAUUGUCUACUACAAAGACGACACCCACUACUUUGUCAUGACUGCCAAGAAGAAGAGCUUGCUGAAGAAGGGGGUCAUUAAACAGGACUACAGCGAUGCCGACGAGCUGCUGGCUCCUGCAAACGUGGAUUACGAGGCUUUGUGCCGAUAUGCUCGCGAUGCGGCCUGCUUUUCCACAGGCGGCAAACUGCCUGAUCUGACGUUUGCUGAGAACCAUGCGGGCCAGCCAGACGUGGCCAUGUUUGAUUUCACCUGCAUGCACCGUGCUGAGAAUGCCUCUCUGGUCAGGGAGAGGAGGGGCAAGAAACUCCUGAUGGCUCUUGUUGGAGAUUGCCUGGUGGAGCCUUUCUGGCCUCUGGGUACAGGUAUUGCACGUGGGUUUCUGGCUUCUUUUGACACAGCGUGGAUGGUGAGGAGCUGGGGCAUGGGGGUCCCACCUGUCAAGGUCCUGGCUGAGCGAGAGAGUAUCUACCAGGUCCUGUCCCAGACAACGCCAGAAAACACCAGCAAAAACUACGCUGGUUACAGCAUCGACCCCAAAACGCGGUACACAAGAGUCAACCUCUCCGCCAUCCAGCCCAACCAGGUGCAGCACCUGCUUGAUGUCGAUAAAUUUAAUCCAUCAAGCAAGAAACUGAAGAACAGGUUUUCUUCCAUGCGUCAAGAUUCAGUCAGUGGUUUUGAGGAGUUGUUGAAAUGGUGCCAGAAACACACGGCAGGUUAUGAGAAUGUGAACGUGAAAGAUUUCACCCAGUCCUGGAGGUCCGGACUCGCUCUGUGUGCUCUGAUCCACCACUUCAGACCUCAGCUCAUUGACAUGUCCUCCCUGGACGUGUCAAAUGCUGUUCACAACAACCAACUGGCCUUCAGCGUCUUGGAGAAGGAGCUGGGCAUCCCGCCUGUCAUGUCUGCCACUGACUUCGCCAACAGCGGUCAGAUAGACAAGUUGUCCAUGGUCCUUUACCUCACGCAGGUCCAAAGUGCCUUCACUGUGCCAGCAAAAGACCCUGCAGCCUUCCUGCCGUCGUCCAAGCCUCUGACUCUCUCCCAGACACAGUCAGCUGUCUUUUUCCUGAACAAGCUGAAGCACAACUCUCUGCAAAGACGCAAGGAAAAGCUGGCAGCUGAGAAAAGAGUAAAAGAGACAAGGAUGGAGGAUGAGGACAGUACGGUGGUGCUUCUUGUGUCCCCUGAGCUCAGUCCCACACCUGACCCCGCUCCUGAACCCGAGCCUGCUACUAGUCCAUCAAUGACCAACAGUGAGGAGUGUUACUUCUGUGGUCAGAGGGUCUACGUGCUGGAGCGCAUCAGUGCUGAGGGCAAGUUCUUCCACCGGAGCUGCUUCACCUGCCAUCAGUGCAGCAUCACGCUCAGACUGGGAGGAUACACCUUCGACCAGGCUACAGGGAGAUUUUACUGUGAGCUGCACUCUGAAGAACUGGAGCUGGAAAACGAGGCUGAAACAUCUUGUAAGGAUGGCGAAGGAACUCACAAAGGGACAAAUGAGGAGAACAGGCUUUCCAGUGAUGAUUACACGCCAUCUCCAUCAGAUGAGGAGUACGAGCAAACUCUGGACUCUGCUGCCUCACAGUCACAUAAGCCUGAAGGACAGGACCGACAUAUACUUGAAUCCGAUAAAGAGUCCCCAGAACCGCAUCCAUCAAAAACUCCCACAUCUAAAGCUGAGGAGGAGACGGUACCUUAUCCUGUCCCCAAGCCCCGCCUCUCUCAGCAGACCACCCCGAGCCCUCAGCCCUCUCCUCCAGUACCAAAACCUCGCACAGUCCACCUUUUUAACCCCUCCACUCCAGAAAAACAAUCCUCUCCGGCCCGCACAAAAGAGAUCUCUAAGACAGCACCCGAUUCUCGUCCAAAGCAAUCACUCCGAAAGCUGCAGCUGACCGACGAGGAGAAAAGCCAACUAGUGAAUCUUCAGAGCCUCAGCGCGGACUCAGACUCAGAAACCCCUGGUGGAUCCUCCUCCUGCUCCUCUUCAUCUGCAACUGCAGGAGGUCCAAGUCCUCCUAAGCCAGAGGGCCUGGAUGGGCAGGAAGAGGAGGGCUACUGGAGCGGGAGCACCGCCAGUCACAUCCGCGAGAACAGAAACAGACGCUGCUUCAGGAGGAAAGAGAUGCCGAGCGGGCAGACCAGGGUGCGGUCCAAGUUUUCUCCCUGGAAUCUGUCUUCGCCGAGGAUCAGCAGGGACACUCGGCUCAGUGUCCUCAUUAAUCAUCCAGGGAGAGUGGAGACGACAUUCAGACACGCUCACAGCACCUCAGAGGAGGGUGUCGAUGGAGAUGACGACGACGAUGACGAUGAUGAUGAGAUGUUUGAGCGAGAUGAUGUUGACUUGUUUAAUGAAAAAUUUCAGACGGUGCCAUCAGACCCUGUUGAGGCAGAGAAGAUGGAGCUGAUGAAGAUGAGGACGCUGGAGCGAAGAGCCAAGAUGAGCGAAUUGCAGCGAUUGCGUAAAGCCCAGUCCAUCCAGAGGAGACUGGAGGAGAUCGAGGUGACCUUCAAGGAGUUGGAGGAUAAGGGUGUCAUGUUGGAGCAAAGUCUGCGAGGAGAGGCUGGCAGCAGCGGCUCCCCUGAAAUGAUCGAACACUGGAUCCAACUCGUGCACGAGAAGAACGCGUUGGUGUCUGAGGAGUCUGACCUCAUGGUGGCGUCCCGACAGCUGGAGCUCGAAGACAAGCAGAGUAUGCUGGAGUUGGAGCUCAGGAAAUACAUGGAGAUGAAUGAUAAGACAUCAGAGCAGCAGAAAGAAGAGGACCGUGUCCUUCAGCAGAUGAUCGACGUUGUGGACAUGAGAGACUCCCUGGUGUCAUUUCUGGAGGAGAAGAGGCUGAAGGAGAUAAGCGAGGAGCAGGAGGCCUUCUGCAUUAUGGAGGCCAAACGGCACUCGAAGGCAGGAGCUCAGGUUCACUGGGCGUAAGGUGUUCACACACGCACAUACUCAACAUGACCCUGUACGUACAGUGCGGUCGAUUCCCUCACAUCUACCGCAUGUGAGACUUGCUGCUUUUAGACUUAACUUUUGCAAAGCCAAAGAUGUUACAGAAUUGUUGCGGAGGGCAAACCCACCACAAGCGGUCCCUCAAGGAUGACGAGUGGAAGCUGAUGGGCCAGAGGCUGAGUGAGUAUCAGUUGCAAUCCGCCCCCUAGAGGGAGACAUAAGCCUGGGGAUCUGAGGCUUUUAGUCGACACGUCCAAUGACUCUGCGGCUAAGCCCUGCCUGCAGUGAUAGCAGGGUCACAGCAAUAGACCACAAAUGAAAAAGGACUCCUAAUGUCGGCUGCAACAACCUCACAGCAAAUAAUCAUAACCCAUCCUGGGACUUGACCUGGUUUUGGUGUCGGUUGGAAACGUGUGACUCAAGUGAAAGACGAAGCAGCAUAAAAUUGACAGCGGCGGGGGAACCUGCAGCAGCUCUGGAGCCUUAGAGAUAGAUCUAAAGCACAGGAUCGUGUUUUUGAAAAUACUUUGGUGUUUAUUUUACUUGUGAAAUCAUGACUAAGUGCUACAGUACACAACAACAUACUAUAUACAUAUCAUAAUUCUAUGUUUAAUAUUUGUAUACUGAAUUCUAGGAGUAUGACGGUGGAGAAAAAAGGUAAAAUAUUAGAAUUAUUAAAAUCCGUUAUUAGAUUUAAUUCUAUUAUCCAGUUUACUUUUCAUGAAUUUUAUGGAUUUUGUAGCACUUCCUGCUGUUCACCAUGUCCUUUUCUUGAUGGCACGUUGGAUAGUUAAUCUCAGGGGUCGAUUGUUCAGUCCUCUCGGAUCAGAAUUGGGGGGUUUUUCACCGAUGGCCUUCAACAGUCGGCUGCUCUUCAUAGCGGUGGUGUAUUAUACGAACACACGGGGAUAAAUGAAAAACGGACUGGUUUAAUCUAUUUAUAAAUGCCAUCUUUAAUCAUUUGCAGGUGUUCCUAUUCAUGUGCUGGUGGAAUAGCCGAAAUCCAGACAAAGAGCAGUUUGUUGUUCGUGAAAAGGAGCCUUACACAUUCAUUGUUCUGCUGCCAUUUUGUGCCACCUGGACGGCACUUCACAGUAUAUCAAAUAAAGAUCACGCACUUUGA